GCUCCCUUCCGCCCCCACGUGGCCGGCGGCGGCCUCGCUCGCGGGCGGCGGCUUCUGCUCUGAGGCGAGCCGACGGCGCGGCCAUGAACAUCCGCAAUGCCAGACCGGAGGACUUGAUGAACAUGCAGCACUGCAACUUGCUGUGCCUGCCAGAAAACUACCAGAUGAAAUACUACUUCUACCAUGGCCUGUCCUGGCCUCAGCUCUCCUACAUUGCUGAAGAUGAGAAUGGGAAGAUUGUGGGCUACGUCCUGGCCAAGAUGGAGGAAGAUCCAGACGAUGUUCCCCAUGGACAUAUCACUUCCCUGGCAGUGAAACGCUCCCACCGGCGCCUAGGGCUGGCACAGAAGCUGAUGGACCAGGCCUCCCGGGCCAUGAUCGAGAACUUCAAUGCCAAAUACGUCUCACUCCACGUCAGGAAGAGUAACCGUGCUGCCCUGCAUCUCUACUCCAACACUCUCAAUUUCCAGAUCAGUGAGGUGGAGCCCAAGUACUACGCAGACGGGGAGGAUGCCUAUGCCAUGAAGCGGGAUCUGACUCAGAUGGCCGACGAGUUGAAGAAGCAGCUGGACCUGAAGGAGAAGGGCCGACACCUGGUGCUGGGCUCCAUCGAGAACAAGGUGGAUCACAAGACCAACCACGUGGGCGACUGCUGCCGGGAUGACAAGUGCUCGGCUGGGGGCGGAGGGGGCCUGGCUGAGGACAGUGGGGACAGCAAAGACGUGAGUGAGGUGAGCGAGGCCACCGAGAGCACAGACAUCAAAGACAGCUCCGAAGCCUCCGACUCUACCUCCUAGAGGAGGGCCGGGCCCACCUCUCCCUCUCCGUUGUUGCUCCUCCGUCUUGACCGGCAGCUCCCCCGUCUCCUUCUCUGAGACAGAAGCCCGGUUUUGAAAGUGUGGGUCGGGGGCGUCCAGAUGAAUUGGAACAGGGUGACAGAAGGCCCACCCUGUUCCCUGCCUCCUCCCUACAGUCCCCAAAUUUGGAAUAAAAUCUUUUUGAGCCCUCUG